UGCCUCACCACCGAGCCGGCGGGAGGGGCGGGGCCUGCGGGGCGCGCAUGGGCCUUGCGCCUGCCUCGCUGCGGCGUCUUCCUCCUUUUCUCCUCCCCCCCCAACUCGGCCCCACGCGAAUCUUUCCAGGCAGGAGGAGUCGAUGUCUCUUCUCUCUCCCUUCCCUAUUGAGGCGCCCAGGUGCGGGAACCAAACGGAGGAGGGGAAGGGAAAGGGGCGCUGAAGGGGCGCCAGAGCUUUUCGGACGGGAAGGAUUAACAAAAAAGAACGAGGAGGCGUUUUAUUUUUCUCAGGUUCCCCCCCCGUUUUUUUCUCCGUUCGCCGCUUUUCGCGGCACCUCUUUCUUCACCCCGCCUCAGCCUCCUCCCUCCGCGGCCGGCUUUUGUUGUGUGGGCGCCCCCACUCCUCUUCUCUCUCUCUCUCGAGUUUUCCAGCUCUCUCCCUCCUUCGCGUGAGGGGAACGGAGCGGGCGCUGGGAAAAUGGGGCGAGGCGGGGCCAGCGCGGGCUGCCUCGAGGCGGCCACACAGAGGACGCGCCGGGGCCGUUGAAGGAGGCGGGCGAAAGUGGACCACCGAACGGCGGCUGCGUCGGGAGGAAGAAUAGCUGCUGCCCAGCUGCUUCCAACACGGUCGCCGCCGCAGCGAACAGCAGCUUUGCCUGGUUGGGUGGGGAGGGGCUGGGGAGGCAUCGUCCCCGCCUCUCGCUCUCCUCGGGAGCCGGAGGAUGAUGAAGUCCUCGUUGCAUGCAGAAGAGGAUGAUUUUGUGCCAGAACUUCAGAGAAGCAUUCAUCCCCGCGAAAGACCAGAUUGGGAAGAGACUCUCAGUGCAAUGGCGAGAGGAGCAGACAUCCCUGAGAUUUCAGGAGACCUACCAUUGCGGACAUGUGCCAGCACUGCUAGCAUGAAAGUGAAGAAUGUGAAAAAAUCUACCAACUCAGGACUGAUGGACUGUGAUUCCUUUCACAGGUUAUCCUUUACCAAGGGCCACUUUCCAAAAAUGGCUGAAUGUGCACACUUCCAUUAUGAAAAUGUAGAUUUUGGCAAUAUACAGCUUUCACUCCCAGAGGAACAGAAUGAAGUAACAAGGAAUGGCUGUGAAUCCAAGGAACUUGUUUAUCUUGUACAGAUCUCUUGUCAGGGUAAGAGCUGGAUUGUGAAGCGAAGUUAUGAAGAUUUCAGAGUGCUUGAUAAACAUCUUCACCUGUGUAUUUAUGACCGCCGUUUCUCACAGCUCUCAGAGCUACCCCGUUCUGAUGCCUUGAAAGACAGUCCAGAGCUUGUCACCCAGAUGCUGAUGGCUUACCUGUCACGACUCUCAGCCAUUGCUGGAAACAAGAUAAACUGUGGUCCUGCCCUCACGUGGAUGGAGAUAGAUAACAAGGGAAAUCAUCUCCUAGUCCAUGACGAAUCAUCCAUUAAUGUCCCUGCUAUUGCAGCUGCCCAUGUUAUUAAGAGAUAUAUUGCUCAGGCAGCAGAUGAACUGUCCUUUGAGGUGGGAGAUAUUGUGUCAGUUAUCGACAUGCCUCCAAAAGAAUUGACCACUUGGUGGAGGGGAAAGCAUGGAUUUCAGGUGGGAUUCUUUCCUAGUGAGUGUGUUGAACUAAUUAAUGACAAAGUUCCUCAGUCUGUGACCAAUUCCGUGCCAAAGCCAGUCUCCCCUGCCCAUGGAGCCCGUCCAGCGUCCUGGAGCUACUUCCCCCCUUAUUUGGAGAUGGAUAGUGUAAAGCCGGGUUCAGCAUGUGUUUCAGAGCCUCUGAAGCAAUCCCAGCUGAGCUCAGUGUCAAAAAAACACGGCAAGCUUAUUACUUUCCUGCGCACAUUCAUGAAGUCUCGCCCAACAAAACAGAAACUGAAGCAACGCGGGAUAUUAAAAGAGAGGGUAUUUGGCUGUGACCUUGGAGAACAUCUUCUCAACUCUGGUCAUGAUGUCCCCCAGGUUCUCAAAAGUUGCACUGAAUUCAUUGAAAAGCAUGGCAUUGUGGAUGGAAUAUACCGCCUAUCUGGGAUUGCUUCUAAUAUCCAGAAACUACGGCAUGAGUUUGAUUCAGAGCAAAUCCCUGACUUGACAAAAGAUGUAUACAUUCAGGAUAUACAUUGUGUGGGUUCACUCUGUAAGCUCUACUUCCGAGAACUACCCAAUCCUCUGCUCACAUAUCAGCUCUAUGAGAAAUUCUCAGAUGCUGUAUCUGCUGCUACAGAUGAAGAACGAUUAGUUAAAAUCCAUGAUGUCAUCCAGCAGUUACCCCCACCUCACUACAGAACCCUGGAAUUCCUCAUGAGGCAUUUGGCUCACCUUGCUGAUUACUGUGCCAUCACCAAUAUGCACACGAAGAAUUUAGCAAUUGUCUGGGCACCAAAUCUGCUGAGAUCAAAGCAGAUAGAAUCUGCUUGCUUCAGUGGAACAGCGGCUUUUAUGGAGGUGCGAAUCCAGUCAGUGGUUGUGGAAUUCAUUCUCAAUCACGUGGAUGUCCUUUUCAGUUCCAAACUCAGCUCUGUUAUUCGAGAGAGUGCAGGUCACAGUUCCUUGUCACGGCCUAAAUCCCUGCUGGUAUCAUCUCCUUCCACAAAACUGCUCACCUUGGAAGAAGCACAAGCGAGAACUCAGGCACAGAUAAAUUCCCCUAUAGUGGCAGACAGCAAGUACAUUGAAGUAGGCGAAGGUCCUGCUGCUCUACAGGGAAAAUUCCAUACGAUCAUAGACUUUCCAUCUGAAAGAAAGAGGCCACCCAGUAAGAUGAAAAAAUCCCCUGUUGGCAGCUGGCGCUCCUUUUUUAACCUGGGGAAGUCAUCAUCUCUCUCCAAACGGAAACUGCAGCGCAACCCAAGUGAACCCUCUGAAAUGAAGGCAAUAGCCCUAGCAGGAGGGCGAGGAGACAGUGGGACCCUGCGCUCAGCUAAGAGUGAAGAGUCCCUCUCAUCUUUACAUGCUAUAGAUGGUGAAUCUAAACUGUUUCGGCCCCGAAGACCGAGGUCCAGUAGUGAUGCGUUGUCUGCUUCCUUUAAUGGGGAGCUCCUCGGAAACAUGAACCGCUGCAAUUCCUAUGAUAAUGUGCCCCAUGACCAUGAGAGCGAUGGGGAUGAGGGGCAUAUCCAUGUUCCAGCCCUCAUCUCUCCAAGGUCAGCAGAAGACGUUGACCUGAGCCCACCUGAGAUUGGGGUGGCUAGCCUGGAUUUUGAUCCUAUGUCUUUUCAGUGCAGCCCACCAAAAGCAGAGUCUGAGUGUCUUGACAGCAACACUUCCCUGUUGGAGUCAGUAGACUUUAAUAGGGAUAAGCAAAGCGCCUUCAAGAAGGAAAUAGACUCAGGCAGCCAGUCACAGACCCCUGGCAGUGCCACAAGUUCUGAACCAGUUUCCCCCUAUCAAGAUAAGACCGUAAGUCCCUUCUUCACUCUAGAUUUGAGCCCAACUGAAGAGAAAUCAUCCAAACACCAGUCUUUCUCUGAAAAUGUUGCCCGCACCUUCUCCCCCAAGAUGGGGCGAAAGCCAGCCAAGUCUCCGCCACUGAAUUUCUCAGAGUCCAUUUCCUUCACUGUACCCAGUCACAUGCCGGAUGUUGUCAUUGGAGGGAUGUCACCGAGUGCAGGUCCUUCAGACUGGACCAAAGGAACAUCUGGCACGAGUGAAGGCACAAGCAGGUCCCCACCCCACCUGGUAGUAUCACCUUUGAAAGCCACUGAGGUGAGAAUAAGUGAAGGACACCAGCAAGAGUUCCCAAGUCAAGGAGAUGCUAAGAAAACAGAGCUUCAAGAAGAGGUGGAACAACCCUUGGCCAGCAGCCAGAGUAAGCCUGUACCUUCUGGACAGACGCAGCCAGGAGCAGUUGCCCUCGACUCCCCCCAGGAUCCUGUUCCAGUCAAUUCUGUCUCUGUUGUCCCUCCUCCUCCUCCUCCGAAAAAUGCUGCACGCAUACUAGCCUUAGCCCUGGCAGAAUCUGCCCAACAAGCCUCUGUUCAAUCUCAGAAGAAACCAGAUGUUUAUUCUGACUGUACCAGCUGUGCAGAGACUGAGAGCACAGGAACUGUAGAAAUGUUCCAUCCAUAUUCUGGUGUUAGUCCAGAAAAGCUUCAUCUGUAUGCUGCUGUGCCAGAGACCCAACUGAGUUUUCAAGCUACUGCACCUGGAGAUCACCACAAAAGUGGAUUACCUAUAGGCCAAGCCCCCCAAAUCAGUGGCAUGCCUGUGGACAGCAAUCACCUGCAUGUUGGCAUACCUGGAAAUCGGGACCAUCCCCUUCACCCUACUGACAUGCCUGGAGAUCUUCAUAAUAGCAUUAACAUGAGCUGGGACCACUCCCACUUCCAUCCUUGCAUGUUGGCAGACUCACACCAUCUUCCUCAUUCUGUUGUAUCUGAGGAUCAGAAACACCCUCAUCCCUGUGCUAGAGGAACCGUUCAGCCAGAAUCACCUACAACAGAUAUUACAGUAGAGAACCCUCACCCCGCCACUUGCCUCCCUUUGGAUAAGAACCAAAUCCAUUCCAACAAAUUUCACUUUCCUGUCUGCACAGCAGACAAAGUCCAGUUUCCUCCUGUAACUGCUGGAGAGAAAACAGCUGCAACUGUUCUGGCAUAUAUGAUGAUAAAUAGCCAGACAGCAGCAACUGAAACUGAUCCUGGAGCAUCCAGCCAGAAUAUACUUCCUCAGCCUUCCACCGUCACAACCAACAGCACAUGGGGAGAAAUGGCUGUUAUGACUGCUCAGCAUGCUCUGGCAGGCAGCCACCAAACUCCAGUGCAAGGACCAGGGGAUCAUCAGCCAGCUGUGGGACAAUCUGCAGCUACAGCCACUAAGGGUUCAAGUGGCUUCAGUCAGGUACGAGAUACAACUCCAGAGAAACCGCCUGAGUCUAGAUCAACUGAGCCAGCCCCCAUUUUUGUUACUGAGGGCAGUGCUGCAACCCAGUGUACUUCAGCCACUCCUCUAGCCACACUUCACCAAGGCCCUUUGGAAAGGCCUCGAGAGAAUGCCAAGGCUCCCCCUUUGCACCUGAGGUCUGAAUCAGUCCCAGCUCAGCCCUUCUAUGGAUUAACAGCACCUCCAGUCCCACCUGUGAGAACAAUGGAAAGUAAAAUUGCAGCAGCCAUGCAUUCAAACAAUGCAGAUCCCUUGAAUGCUGCCAGUUACCACUCCUUUGUGACUGCAUCCACAUUGCCGCCAUCUGUGGAGGAAGCUCCACCGCCACCUCCCCCACCUAAAUACGCCUCCCUUCAGUCUGCAUAUUUCUCUCUUUCCAAGUCAGAGAGCCCCCCUGAGCCCCCAUUGUCGGAGAACUAUGUGCAUCACAAGCCUACAUCCGUCCACCAGUACAGGGCUGAAAGCAUCCCACCACACCUCUAUCACAGCAAGUCUGAGCAGCAUCCUGGCUAUCCUUCUCUGUCAGAGACCCCCACUUCCAUGGGCCUCAGGUAUAACGCAUAUACCACUCAAGGGAAGAGCUCAUCUGCCCAUCACUCAAAGCCUCGCAGCCGAGUGGAGUAUGUGUCCUCCAUGAGCCCUACAAUGAGGAGUGCUAGUUAUGCGGAGGAAACGCCACCCUACCCCACCAUUCGACGAGUGCACUCACUGCAUGUGACUGCUCCCUCUACUAUCCGAUCAGUUCCCAUCUCCCGAACUGAGGUGCCUCCUGAUGAUGAGCCCCUUUACUGCCCAAGGCCCCUCUACCAAUAUAAGCCAUAUCAGUCCCAUGCAGAUUAUCACGUCACUCAGCUGCAGCCUUACUUUGAGAAUGGGCGGGUCCAUUACCGGUAUAGCCCCUACUCAAACUCCUCCAGCUCGUCCUGUUACACUGCAGCAGAUGGUGGAUUUUAUGACCUAGACCCCUAUGGUACAAUGAGAUUGAGGCAGCUCCAUCCAUUUCCAGGCAGAGAUUUUGCAUCCUAUGCCAGACUGCAAACCAGGAGCCUGUAUCGCUGUCCUGGCCUACCACCAUAUCCCCGGGGAGGCCUUGCUGGACAUCUGGCGGGCAAAGAACACAGUUUCAUCAGCAGGGAUGUGCCACCUGCCCCGGAUGUCAAACCCAUGUAUGUCUCCUGGGAUUUGGAGGACAUGGAAAAAUACCGCAUGCAGUCCAUCCGCCGAGAGAGCCGUGCACGCCAGAAAGUAAAAGGGCCUGUCAUGUCCCAGUAUGACAAUGUAGCCCCUUUGCUGCAGGAUGAGUUACGAACUGUAGAUGUCGUUCACUUGCGCAGCAAAUCUGAUCCUGGGAAAACUGGACUCCUCACUGUCGCUGAUGGGAAAGAAGGGAAAUACCCAGGCAAAGUAGGGCCCCCAGAGGGGGAUGAACGCUACUAUGUGCCACAUCCAGAACCUGAUGUAGACAAAGCCCAUUACCACGGAACCUAUGGGAAUGGACAGUCAGAGAAACCAUGCCUUCAUCAAAAGCAAAGCAGCCUCAGGAGCAGAAAGCCCCAUGAGAUGGGUUGUAAUUCAGCUGAGCACAGAAUGCACCUGCCCCAUGAAGCAAGCCAUAGGCAGCCUCUGGAUUCUAAAAACGGGGCCCCUUAUCCUGAUUACCGACCAAAGGGCCACCAGGAACCACCAGAAUCCAUUGGAUACCAGCCCUCUGGUGGAAAGUAUGUUCCAGCCAGCCACGAUGCCUUGAGACCUAAUCAUAAAGAGGUGAAGCUGUCAGAGGACAGGUCUGAUAUUGAGAGACAUCGAGCCAGGCCAUCUGCUGCUCCUGAAAAGCACUCCAGGGAGUGCUUUAAAGAGGGUGAGCACUAUGGACAGUCCACAGCACCACCCCCUAAACCAGAACGGAGCCACAGCCUCAGACUCCAACACCCAGAGAGCAUAGAGCGGGACGCUGGUCUCCUUUACCCAUUCCAAACCCUUGGCAAGCGCCAAAGCACCAUGACUGUGGUCUCCCAGUAUGAUAAUUUGGAUGAUUACCAUACCAUGCCUCAGCACCAAAGAAGGGGUUAUGUUGGAGGAGGGGGGUUAGUUCCCCCCUUUGCUCAUCCACAUAGUAGGACUUAUGCAACAGCCUUGGGCCAGGGAGCAUUCCUUCCUACAGAGCUCAGCCUACAGAGGCCUGAAACUGAGAUCCAUGCAGAGUGAGCUCCAAGGCAGAAGGGAUAGAGUGUAAGCAGCCUCUGCUGGACAGUGGACUGGUUUAUUUUUUCAGUGACACACGCACACACACACACACACACACCAUCAAAGCAACUCCUGCCAUUAAUCCUCACUCAGUUCCUUCCCCUCCAACCCCCAUGCUGCUUAUUGUUUUUAUAUAGUAAAUGUAUAGUCUUAUCUCACAUUGUUUUAAAAGUAGAUUGCUACAGUCAUGCCGGCUUUUGUUAAACUUGAAGACAAAGCCCAUCUCCAGGAAGAGCAGAAACAGUGAUGGAGAUUCAGGGGUCGUGCUAUAAAUGGUUCUCACUUUCCUUAGAUUUCAAACAGUGGCAUUUCCCAUAGCUUUGACGCUAUCCUUCAGAACCCUGUGUAUAAUGUAUGUAUUGAUAGAUUGAUGCAGACAUUUCUUCUCCGGGUAAAUGUCCCUUGUAUGUGAUCUACUGGAGAGAGAUUUGUUGAAUGGAAAGCUUUAGUAAAUAUUUUAACUUGGUUCUUCAAAGCUUAAUGCACCAAACUCUAGGAAAAUAUUAUUUCACAUUAUUUGUUCCUUUCUACAAUCCCAGAUUUAUUUUUUUGAAAAAACAGUAACAAUGGUACCUUUCACCUAAAAUGUUAUUUCGGUGCUUAUUAGAUGUGAUCCAAUAAUGUUUCCAUUGAUUUUGGUAAUACAUGGCCCUAGUGGUGGAGGGCAAAGAGAUGUUGCCCAGUUAAAAACUUUUUUCUUUAAAAACCGAUAACAAACUGCUUUAUCAAAUACUGAGAAAUUUGGGUGGUGGGAAGAGGACCUCAAUGUUAAUAUUGUUUCAAUGGUGCUUUGCUUUGGUAAGCCUGGCAGGUAAAAGCCGUAUUUCUUAAAAUCUUAUAGAAAUAUUUUUGUAGCAAGUGCAUUUCAUAUGCAGCCCUCUGAACAAGGGGAUCUUCUGCUGGGAUGAGUCUAACUGAAAUGGCAGAGUGGCAGAAGAGCUGUGCUCUGGCCCAGCACCCAGGAAUUUCAAUAGGGCAUGCAAGGGAGUCAUGGUGCAUUCUGUGUCGAGUGGAUAAGCUGUUUUAAUUCCUUGUUACAAAUAUCAUUGCAGUGAGCCUAAUCUUCAUCAUCAGUUAACACAGUAAUUCUGUAGUUAUACCUGGUUUUCUGAUCAGUGCUGGUUGUCCUCCAGUCAUGGCAAGUGUUGUAGGCAUGUAGCUGUGAAUUUAGUGACCACUUAAGAAAACACCAGUUGACUUUGCCUAAGGGGCAGUAACUUUGCUGUAGCACACACACCUGUCUCAUUAUGUCAGUAAGGCAAACCAUAUGAUGUGAAUUUAGACUGGUGGUUCUUUCUACACAUUGUGGUGCAUCAUUAUCUCCUGUGUUUGUUUUUUUAAGAUACCUGUGGAAAGAGUUUGCUUUUCUGAUAAGGUUAUAUAAAUAUGCAGUGCUUUGAAAACAUGCUGUCCUUGCUGGAACAGGAGCAGGUAGGUGCCUCAGGAUUCCCACAUAACCUUAGAACAAUAAAGGCUGUUGCCAUGCAGCCACCAUGGAAACCAUGCAACAUUCUACCAGGCAAGAUACCAAGGUUUUCUUUGAUUUUUAUGAACUUUAAAAGAAAUAGAGAAUGGCCAAAUCCAUCCAAGGUACUGGGGGUGUUUUUCCUGUUCUGGGUCACCAAAGCUAUGUAGCUGGUGGAAGUACACAGGAAGCAUCUGGGACAUCUUUCUGUCCUAGGGCCCUGCUGGUAGCACAGGUGGUGAAUUUUACUAGAAGGAAAGCACCUGUAUCAAACCCCCUUGGAAAAGAAGAUGUCCAUCAGCAUCCCAUGCGUUUAAAUAAUAAGACACAUAUUUUACAAGGGCACAAAGCACUUCUCAAAGAGAACAUGACAUUAGGUUCUUUGGAUUUCUGAACUUUGGGAAAGAACAGUUUGCCUAUUUUCGUUAUGAUUAUUUUAAUGAUUUGGUAAUUAUUGUUUUAGUAGUAUUGCUCUUGAAUGUGCUAAGUACAAAUUUAGUGGCCAGAAAACUCACUGUGAACCAGGUUUACCUCAGCCUCCUCCCCAUCCUCCUCACCCACCCCGUGAGGAAUUUUCAGCAUUUUUUGUUUUCCUGUUGAAAUGAGAAAUGUACAGACAGGGCCAUUCUAGCUUGACAGUCGUGUGGAGCAAGCUAGUUUUGCUAUCUGAAAAUUUGAAUUAUCGGUCCUUCUUUGUAGCCCGCAUAGACUGUCUCCAAUAUCCACUUAAUUUUGGCAUCCACCCCUGUAAAGUUCUUCACCAUGUUACACUGGCUAUGUAGCUCCAUAUCUUGGCUCAGAGUUCUCCGCUCCCUUGCACCCCGAAAUCUCAUUCGAUUCCAUGAUUUCUUCUUCAGAUUUUGCUGCGCUGUUGAUGGUUAAAAAAGAUAUCACUGUGCAACGUCCUGUCCUCUCCCACCAGCUUCAGUCUGUUUGCCAUUGUUGGUUUUUAUUUUCUUCCUUAAUGAAUUAACUCUUUAAGAGAUACUUAUCUCCCAGAUCUAAUUUCUUCGUUUCUCAAUAUGUCUGUAUUGGCAUAUUUAUGUUGCGUUUUCUUUUAAGGAUUUGUCAAUACGUUAGAAAAACUUUUUUUUAAAAAAAACUAAACAAGCAGGCACAUACAUUAUGUUUAGGAUAUUUUGAGGUUCAGGUAGCGAGGGCUGCAGGACAAACCUCUAUCUUCAUGAAAGCCUUAAUUUUCCUUGUAUCCUCUCCAUAUAUUGGCCUUAUGUUAUCUACCCUCCAGGUAAGCUCAGAACCAAGCUACCUUCCUCUAAAUUUGUAAUUUAUCUACACCUUAAUAUCUUGUGGGAUCACUAAGCAAAAUGUGAAAUGAAAAGUUUUUCCCAACUUUUAGCAAGUGCCCACACAGGUUUGAUUUUAAAAGCCCACUACUUUCAAUAAUUUCCAUAAUAAAAGCACUUAAACUUGGUUCCUGAGUCCCCUCACCAGACCAUUCCAUCAAAGCAGUUUCAAAAUACAGCCAUGUAUUUACUCAUCCCUCACUUAAUACAUAUCACCUGCUACAUUUGCGUCUAACCAUCAAUAUGGUUUGGAGGUCUUUGGUCCAGAAGGUGUUGUACAAAGGUAUGGCAGUACAACCUUGACUAUACAAGGAAGCGAUUAAAUCCAGAACAGUGUUCUAAGCUUCGAAGGAGCAGUGACAAUCUCCCUGUUCCCCUGUACUUCUUGCCACUGUACUAUCUUGAAUAGCUGGUACCUUUUUAAAAAAACCUUUCCCUUGCCUAAGAAAGCCAUAAAAUUAACUAUGCAGUCCUCUUCAUGUACUGUGGUUAAUUUUGGAACUCUCUAACCGUUAGAGAAACCGUGGGCACCUUGAGUAGAGACGGCAGGUACUUCUCGCAAAAGUUCUUCCUCUUCUUUUCCUCACUCUCGCUUCUGUGUCUGCUCCCUGCCUUUUACAGGCCUUCCUUGCACUCCUCUUGCUCUCCUUGCUUCUGUGUCUGCUGUCCCCUUCCUUCUCCUCUGUAAAGUUUUUUCCUCUUGCACUCCCUUCCGUGUCUGCUCCCUUGCCCACUUCACAAAGGCCUUCCUUGCUCUCCUUGCUUCUGUGUCUGUUGUCCCCUUCCUCCUGUGUUCCACCUCACGCUGUCCCUUUUCCGAUCUGGAAGCCUCUGUGUCCUGUCAGACCGGUUGGGGAGUUGUGUGGAAUCAUCAUCUACCAGCUGCGCCCCCCCCCUUCACAAUCAGGUUAACAUUUUAUGCAGAUGACAGUGAAAACAUUGUGCCUAUGUCUUUGCAGACAAAAUCAGGGAGGGGGCUUACUCCUUGGAGGGGGUCACAAUGAGAAUUGCACAGUUGUGGCAGGAAUUGCUACACAAAGCCAAAAUCCACUUUAAAUGAUUUCCCUUUCAGUAAAGAGAAUUUUGGGCCCUUGUGUGCUCUCCCCCCAUCCCCAGUUCAUCUCAACCUGGUACGUUGAUGACAAAGUGAUGACUGAUGGCAGUGUGACAUUAUAUGUUAGGGAACAGAAUUGUAGAUUCUGGGCUUCUGUUUUACUUUUUAAAGGUGGCUUCGGCAUGACAUUUUCUCCAGAACCUUGUGCUAUGGAAACCGAUGCAGUGGGCAUGGUACAGUUUAACAUAUGCUCAGUAACUUCAGUGUCUUCAGUAAGUUUUUAUUGUAUAGUUCCAGUGCAAAAUGAACAAGAAAUGGUUGUUGUGCAGUUUAUUUUCCUGCUGUGGAAAACUUGAGUCGUCUUUUUGAGCCACAUGAGAGAACCAGAAAGACUUUGGUGGUCUCUAAGUGUUCUCUUUAAUUUAUAUAGUGUCUUAUUUUUUAUUCUCUUUUUUUACUUCUGUGUGUGAAAACUGGUGUAAAAUGUAUAUGCCGAUGAACUCAUGUUCUUUUAUGUAAAUAUUUUUGUGACAUCUCACUCCCACCCAUUCCUUGUAAAUAUUUAGAUUCUCAUUUUCUCCACACUGUAUGGGGCGGAUGCGUUUGAUUUAUUUUAUUUUUUUUAAUUUGUACUGUAAUGCUAUGAACAAACUUGAGGUGUCUUGUGCUAUUAAAACAAACCUAACAGUCCCACAAAACUCAGAUGUACAACUCAGCAGUUAAUGAAG